UGAUUCGUGUGAGCAGAUUUUUCAAGCGAAUGUACUCACAGGUUAUUCGCAUAAGUGACAUGCAAAGGUUGCAGGAUGAAAUAGAUGAGACCUUGAGCCUUCUUGAGGCCAUAUUCCUCCCAUCAUUUUUCGAUAUUAUGGUGCAUUUGAUGGUUCAUCUUCCAGCACAAGCAAUGAUAGCUGGUCCAGUACAUUUUCGCAGCAUGUGGGCUGUAGAGAGGUAUAUAGGAAAGCUCAAGGGACAUGUCCACACCAGAAGUCAUGUGGAAGGAUCAAUUGCAGAGGGCUAUUUGUUUGAUGAGAGCUUGACAUUUUGCUCACACUAUUUGGAUGAUGAGAGUCGGUUGAAUCGAGCUAGGAAUGAUGGAGGUUUGGAUAUGGAAGUUGAUGAUACAACUCCUUUCUUCCACAACAUUGGUCGAGGGCUGGCUGGCAAGUGCAUGGUGAUGUUAGAUAACAAAACUUGGCUGCAAGCCCACAGAUACGUCUUGUUCAAUUAUGACAACAUAGAACCAUACCUAGACAAACAUAUGAUUACCUUUCUUCUAUUGGUGUUCGAAGUCAUCGAGAAGUCAAGCGUGUGCAUUACGAGACCUUUCAUGAGUGGUUUAAAUUGCACGUGGCAGAAAUGGGCGAUGAAGCACCUCAUGAGAUAAAAAUAUUAGAUAAAGAGCCAAACUUGGUUGCUAUGAAGUAUAGUAGCUACACUAUAAAUGGGAUAGACUUUCAUACACAAUCAUAUGAUGAGGGCCGGUCAUUUCAGAGUAGUGGAGUAGCUCUUGUUGCACAAACCACAUCCUUUGCAAAAGGAAAAGGUGACAAUAUUAGUGUAAGAAACAAGACCUAUUAUGGCAUUAUAA